AUGGCUAAUCAAAAACGGGAGCACAAGAUUGUGACUCGUUGUGGUUGCCUUGCCGAGAUGAGGAUAAAGAGAAAUGAUGGGAGUGGCAAAUGGUACGUGUCUCGGUUUGUGGAUGAGCAUAUUCAUGAACUCGCAUCUGGCAAGUUCGUUGAUUACUUGAGGUCACACAGGCGGAUAUCUGAAGUAGAGAUUGCACAAAUGACUAGCUUGAUGGAGGUUGGUAUCAACAUUCCUAAAAUAUAUGAAUCCUUCGCGGCACAGGUUGGGGGUUUUAACCUUGUGACAUUCACAAAGCAAGACAUGUAUAAUGAGGUGAGGCAACAAAGAGGAAUGCAAAAUGGAGAGGUAAGCGCUGCAAUUCGAUACUUGGAAGGUGUUUCCCGUGUAGACAACAGAAUGUUUUGGAGGUACAAGGUUGGGUCUGAAAACAAUCUUUGUGACCUAUUUUGGAGUGAUGGGCGCAGUCAUUUUGACUAUGCAAUAUUUGGAGAUGUUCUUGCCUUCGAUGCUAAUUACGGCCGAAACAAGUACAAUUUGCCUGUUGUUGUGUUCUCGGGAGUUAACCACCACAACCAAACAUGUGUCUUUGGAUGUGCAAUGGUCUGUGCGAAACGCAAGAGUCCUACAUCUGGGUUAUGCAACAGUUUUUGGAAUGCAUGGAAAGAAAGGCCCCUAAGGCAGUCAUCACAGAUGGAGAUACCUCGAUGCGAAAUGUUAUACGUCAUGUAUUUCUUGAAACCCAUCACAGGCUAUGUGCUUGGCAUUUGCUUCCUAUUUAGACACUGCAUGCUUGCGGACAUAGAAGUUGACGAGUUCGAGGCGCAAUGGGAGGCAAUGCUGGAUGAGUGUGGGGUUCGUGAAGUCGAAUGGGUGAAGGAUUUGUACCGCAAAAAAACCGAUGGGUGGACAAAGUAUACACGGGAGAUAUUUUGGAGAUUUUGUGAAACUCUUAAAAGGUGCGUUCGAAUUCACAUAUGCGGAUGCAAAGAAAAUGUUGAGGGUGAAGUAUAUGUUGUUCAAAAAUAUCACAGGCCGAAAAAGAAGUGGGAGGUUUCGAGGCAAAAUGUGGGUAAUAAAUUCAGUUGCACCUGCCUGAGAAUGGAAUCAUUCGGACUGCCUUGUGUCCACAUACUAGCUGUGUUGGUGCGCUUGGAUUAUACUAUCAUUCCCAAUAUGCUUGUGCUCCGCAGAUGGUCGAAGACAGCAAAGUUGCACUAUGGCUUAAAUUGCACUGGAAAUGAAACACAGGAGCAAACAACAACAUAUAGGUCCCGGUUGGGAGCUUUUGCUCACCUAUGCACAGACUAG